AUGGAGAAAAGCCAAAGAUGUAACAAAGACACAAACACCAACAUAGGCUUCUGCCUUCUUCCCCCUGAGCUCAUACAGAACAUUUUAUUCCACCUCUGCAUACCUGAGAUCAUCCGAAUGAAACUACUCAACAAGUUUGUCUUAAACACAAUCUCUGACCAAAGCUUCAUCAGACAACUCAACCAUGGAUCACAAAGAGACACAUGGAUCUUUGUCUAUACAAGGCGUUGGCGUCGCGACAACGGUGUGCUUCACGGCUUUUCCAACCGUUCUGUACGGUGGUUCAAGAUUCCGGUGGCUGAAAUUUUGACCGGUGAGGUUUUUCCCGGUGAAGAUUUAUAUUUACUAACGGCUAGCGGUCCACGUGGCACGUCCUCGUGGAGACGGUCCGGAAUGAAGCUUGUACCCGAUCCAUCAAAUCCAAGUCAUUUCCGGUUUAUGUUUGCUGAGAUGGUAAAUAACCGACCGGUUUUGUUUACUUAUCAUUCUAAUACAACCACGUGGACUACUAAAGAAGCAGAGGAAGUAAAUAAUUGGGGAUUUAAGAAAAACAAUAACGUUUUCUUAAGCUUAUCAAACCGACCUCACGAGAGUAUUGUGAUGAGCGUGGACGAUGGGUCGAUGAUGAAUCGUGUUCCAUCGAUUUUGAGGCCAAGGUUGAACCAGGACGCGAUCAGAGGAUGCCCUUCAAGUGUUGGAUUCAGCAGGAACGAUCUAGAGAGUCAGUUGUUACAUAUACAUGGAGAUGAUUACAAAGUUGUUAUUGGGUUAGACACGAUAGAGUUAUCAAAGAUGAAGAGAAUGAAAAGUCUAGAGGUUUGGAAAAUAAGCUCAAACGGUGAGAAGUGGGAGCUAGUGUCAAGAGCUCCAAGUGAAGUGAUCAGCAACAAGCUUUGUGGUGUGAUGAUGGGGUGCUUAGAGAGGAGACUAGGGGUGAUUAGAGUGGCUUUGAUGACGAACCGUGAGGGUUUAUGGAAUAUUAUAUGGUUGGAUUAUGAUAAGGAGAAGGAUAAGUGGGAAUGGGUCCCUUUACCACAUUGUAGAUUCUUGCAAGGCUCAAAUAUGGCCGGUAUUAGCUUUUCUUCUGGUCUCACUUUUUCAUUGUAACACACUUCAAAAGUUUAAUAUAAAUGUCGAUAUCAACCACC